CUGUAUUAUAUUCCAUGUUUUGCUUUCCAGAAAGUUUGACAGCUGCUCACGGGUUCAAAAUGGCCGCGUGGGUGAAAAUGAACACGUGGUUUAAAACCGGUACUGGGUUGAAUUCUACAAUAUUAUUGGUUUUAUUAUUUCUACCAGCUCUAGCACUGGGACAGCAGGAAUAUUGUUCAAUCACUCCUCAGCACACACUCUGCAAUCUACCGGAGACUGGUCCCGGCUGUGAUGGAACUAUAGAGACAAAAGGAAUUGAUGAGGAAGAUAUUACGAUCAUUGUUGAUACGCAUAACAAGAUCCGCGCUAAAGUAGCAAAUGGUGAGGAAGGUAAUCAACCCCCAGCUAGUAAUAUGAAACGAAUGGAGUGGGACGAGGAAUUAGCAAAAGUUGCGCAGAGGUGGGCAAAUCAGUGUUCCCUGAAUUCUGGCCAACCUCACGACUGUAAUCAAUGCAGAGCUGUGUCAAGAUUCCCAGUUGGGCAGAAUGCUUUGUAUUCAGCUGCCUCGGUGGCUCAAAAGUUUGAUUUUGUUCAGAGGAUUCAGGGAAUGGCGACUGAUGAGAUUCCUUUGGUAACCCCAAGCCAGUUGGAACAAUUUUAUAGCAAUGCAGCUGGACACUACACUCAGAUAGUCUGGGCUGAUACAUGCAAGGUUGGAUGUGGGCUAACUGCAGUUAAGGGAAAUGGUUACAGUUAUUUCAUUAUCUGUAACUAUAGGUAGGAUGUGGGCUAACUGCAGUUAAGGGAAAUGGUUACAGUUACUUCAUUAUCUGUAACUAUAGGUAGGAUGUGGGCUAACUGCAGUUAAGGGAAAUGGUUACAGUUACUUCAUUAUCUGUAACUAUAGGUAGGAUGUGGGCUAACUGCAGUUAAGGGAAAUGGUUACAGUUACUUCAUUAUCUGUAACUAUAGGUAGGAUGUGGGCUAACUGCAGUUAAGGGAAAUGGUUACAGUUACUUCAUUAUCUGUAACUAUAGGUAGGAUGUGGGCUAACUGCAGUUAAGGGAAAUGGUUACAGUUACUUCAUUAUCUGUAACUAUAGGUAGGAUGUGGGCUAACUGCAGUUAAGGGAAAUGGUUACAGUUACUUCAUUAUCUGUAACUAUAGGUAGGAUGUGGGCUAACUGCAGUUAAGGGAAAUGGUUACAGUUACUUCAUUAUCUGUAACUAUAGGUAGGAUGUGGGCUAACUGCAGUUAAGGGAAAUGGUUACAGUUACUUCAUUAUCUGUAACUAUAGGUAGGAUGUGGGCUAACUGCAGUUAAGGGAAAUGGUUACAGUUACUUCAUUAUCUGUAACUAUAGGUAGGAUGUGGGCUAACUGCAGUUAAGGGAAAUGGUUACAGUUACUUCAUUAUCUGUAACUAUAGGUAGGAUGUGGGCUAACUGCAGUUAAGGGAAAUGGUUACAGUUACUUCAUU